UUUCAAAAAUUCGUAAUUUCAACUCCGCCUCCGCAAGCUCUCUCUUUUUCUUCAUAUCUUAAAGAGAAGAACAGUAUUCAUAGCAACCCAAAUCCCUCAAUCCCUCCAAACCCUCAUUUAACCUAGUAUAAUCCUCCAAAACCCUCAUUUUCAAAUUACCCAUCUUCACUUUUUUCUUUUUUAGACUUCAAACGAUGCCAGAAUCAAGAGAUAGAUUGGCUAGGCCUGUUGAUGUUGCUGCUAUCUUUGCACAAAGAAGGGCAUCCAUUGUUAACAGGGAUAUCUUUCUUGAUGAACCAGAAGUUGGAUCUGGAUCGGUAACUGGUAGGGGUGGAACCUUGGCUCCCAGAAGAGGCGGCGUAGGUGGUGUUGGUGUCGGAAGAUUAAACUUCAGAUCUCCAAGAAUGAUUCGAGGUCGCUAUUUCAAUAAUUCACCGAUUGUUGGUCAGGAGAAUUACCCAUCUGGACGUGGUGGUAUUCAACAUCGUAGAAGAGGAUCUUCGGCGCCUACUGUGUUGCCUUCUUGGUACCCUAGAACGCCUUUACGCGAUAUCACUUCGAUUGUUCGGGCUAUUGAGAGAAGAAGAAUACGCUUGAGGGAAGCUGAAGCUUCUAAUGAGAGCCCACAACAAGUGGAUCAAAAUGCUGCCGCCCCAUCUUUGGCUGUUUCAGGUGUUCAACUUGAACACAAUAAUACUUGUUUGAUCACACCAAAUCUAAUGGCUGGAAUGAAGAAGAAGCCUAACAAUAGUAUUUUUUUCUCUACUGGGAAAAUUCCAAUGAUAUUGAAUGAUAGCUGUAAUGAGAGUAACGCAGAUACAUCAAAUUUCAUCACACCCCAAAAGAAGCUUAUGAAUUCGAUUGAUACUGUUGGGAAGGCUAUGAUGGAAGAGUUGGAGAAACUGAAAAAGACUCCAACUGCAAAGAAGGCCGAGAGGGCUAAGAAAAUUCGCACAUUAAUGUCAAUGAGGUGAUUUUGUUUCAUGAUUGAUGAUGACUCAACUGUUACUACUACUACUAGUAAUACCGUUACAACUUUAAAGAAGCUGUCAUCACAUUUGGAAAAGUAUUGAUCAUCUUCUUAUGAUCAUGGGGUUUUCAAUGUUUUCCAAGUGAAGGGGGAUAUCUUGUUCUCCUCAUGUAAUUCAGUUUUAGGAUUUUUAUAGAAUUUUCUGUACUUUUUAGUUUUACUGUUAAUCAUCUACUGAUGAAUUCUUGGAUUUUCAAAUGCCUUCCUUUUACUAAAGGAUUGUGGUAUUAUGUAGAAAAGAAUCUUUGGUUUUAAAGACCUUAUAAAGAUGAUGCUGUUUCUGAUAGAAAAGUUUGUCA